UUUCGGUGGCUUGUUCACCACUUGAUCUGGGUGACGAAUCCACGGGUACUUUAUAUGUCAUACGGCUGUCACAUUAUCACUGUUUAUCCCUUGUGUGUACGUCUGAUAGUCUACGCUUCUUUUCAAACUUGCCAUCAUGCAACUCUCACACUCCUUACUGGUUUCCUUCCUUGCUUUCGCUGACCUCGUUGUGUCUGCACCGAGUAGCUUCAGUCUAUAUGCCUAUGGCAAUGAACUUGUUGCUGGCAUGAGACUGUUCUAUGCUGAUGGCUACGCAUACGUCGGUGACAGCGCUCCCUCGUUCGCUUCUCAAGCCACUAACGUGACCUUUUCUCUCACGGAUGAUUCGAGAUUCGUAGCAUAUCCGAUCGACAACGUAACGUGGACCUCGAAUCCCUCCAUGUGCAUCGGCGCGGGGGAAGGUGAUCUCAAGACAGUGGGAUUUGCCUCGAACUACAAAAACGUCUCAGACGGCGUCAUUGUCACGGGUUUUGGCUUGUUCGGAGGAUACGCGUACAAUAGUAAAGCUGGGUCCAUCGAGAUGUAUUUUGUCGCAUCGCCAACAAACGAGACCGGCAUAUAUCAGAUCAAAUGGGAUGCAUCGCUGUCUGAGACCAGUGAAAGCAUUAUGCCGAUCUCACUGCGAACUGCAGCGCCUGCGACUCCAUCAGGCUGAACGUACCCGCUGCCCAAUGAGCUCAUUGCUAGUCCUUUUCGCGAUGAAUUGUGUCAAUG